CAGAAUAUUAUAUACUAAUCAUUAUAGAGAUAGUCUGUGUUCGAGUUUAGAAUGUCAUUCUUCAGAUCUAGCAAAAUGAUAUUUCGCCUUUGCACUGCCAGUGGAGCUGGAUUUGGAACAGCAAUGAAAGUCAUACCAAUAAUAGACAAUUCUUGGUGCUUCAAAAUCAUGUUUCAUGGUUGUGAAUCCAAACUCAAGUUCAUUCCACACUUCUUCUCCUAUUCUCGCACAAAAAGAUUAUUAUAAAAUAUUAAAUAUACCACGAAAUGCAUCACAUAAAGAAAUAAAGAAAGCUUAUUAUGAGUUAGCAAAAAAAUAUCAUCCUGACACAAACAAAGGAGACAAGGAAACCCAACAAAAAUUUGCAGAAGUUGCGGAAGCAUAUGAGAUUCUCAGUGAUGACAACAAAAGGAGGCAAUAUGAUACAUUAGGUACAACUGGUUUUGGAGGACAGCAACAGGGUUGGCCAGGUGGCGGAUUCGGUGGCCAGCAUGUCGACCCAGAAGAACUCUUCCGCAAAAUAUUUGGUGAUUUUACUGGUCGAGGGCAGGGAGGUUCAGGGUUUCAGGAGUUUCGAGAAUAUGCUCCCACUGAGGUCACAUUGGAUCUGAAGUUCACAGAAGCUGCUCGUGGUGCAAAUAAAACAAUAUCAUUAAAAUUAAUGGAUACAUGCCCGAGAUGUAAGGGAGAAGGAAAUGAACCAGGCAGUAAAGUUUCAAGAUGCGGAUAUUGUGGUGGAUCCGGCAUGGAACAAGUAGUAUCUGGUCCUUUUGUCAUGCGGUCUACCUGUCGAAAAUGUGGAGGAACAGGAAAGCUAAUCACUUUUCCAUGUGGAAUGUGUGAAAGCAAAGGUCAAGUAAUGCAGACCAAAACAGUCACUGUUCCUGUUCCUGCAGGAGUUGAAAAUAAUCAAACUGUUCGUAUGCAGGUUGGCACAAGAGAAGUUUUUAUAACAUUUCGGGUUGCCCCAAGUCCUAUAUUUCGUCGUCAAGGAGCAGAUGUUCAUUCAGAUGUUAAAAUUUCAAUUUCUCAAGCAAUUCUUGGGGACUCGGUUUGUGUGCCAGGAAUUCACAGUGAAAUAAAUGUUAAAAUUCCUGAGUUAACAUCUUCUCAUCAUACUUUUAAAUAUCCUGGAAAAGGCAUAAAGAAGAUAAACAGUUACGGUUUCGGGGAUCAUUUUGUUCAUGCCAAAAUUGAGGCACCAAAAACAUUGACAGAAAGACAAAAAGAAUUAAUUAGAGAAUUUGCGGGAGAGAAAAAUGGAGGUAGCAAAUCUAUUGAUUACGAAGAAGGUUCUGAUGAACGAACAAAGAAGAGGAAAAAAAAAAAACUUAUCAAACCAGAAUUCAAGAUGAAACUGAUCCAGAAGAUUCAAAUCAAACUAUAAGAGAAAAGGAUACAGAGUAUAAAAAAUCUGAUUCGAACUCUAACUUGAAGGGGGGAGGCGGCAGUUGGUGGAGCAGAAUAAAAAACUUUGUUUUUGGUUAAAAAUAGACUCUGGCAUUAUUAUAUUAACUAGGCAAUUAUUUCUCUUCAUAUUUAUUGAGUUCUAACUGGAUUGCUCCGAUUUUAAAUGCACUGUUGUCUUAUUGUCCUAUGCCAUCAAAUGUUUUGAUUUCAUAUUCUCAACGUAUUGGAAAAAGUACAUUACACUAAUUUUUUUAAGUCAAAAUUAUUUGUGGUUAUAAGCCAUAAUUAUGAUAAUGGUUUUGAACGAACGAGCAAGCGAACACGUCCCAUAACAAUAUAAUUUUAUAUGAAGGGCGAGGCUAAUUUCAUUUUGGAACAACGUUCAUUUUGCAUCAAUGUUUACCAGCUUGCAAAUGUUGUGUGUUUGACUCUUAAACUUAAAUAAAUUCGCAGUAAAAUAGAACAAUAUUUUUAUUCAACCCUCUGCUCUACUUAAUGUACUUUUUAAAUGCAGAAACAAGUCAAAACCCUGAUCUCCUGGUUAACCCACCAGGGAAUGUAACGGAAAGUUAUUCUUGGAUGUUUAGAUUUCACCUUGAAACUGAUAAAAGUAAAUCAUUACUAGUUUCUAUGUAAUGUAUUUUGACAUAUUUUCUUUCAAACUGAUAAUCUAUUGUUCAGAUUGAAUUAUUGCAACUUAUGGUUUUAUGAAUUUCUUCUCUCGAAUUGUUUGCUGUGAUCGGCGUCUGCCUGACUUGGUUUUAUUGAACAUUGUCACCAUGGUAACUAGCAGCAUUUGAAUAUUACAUAUAUGUGUUAUUCCAUCUGUCUGCAUGAUUAUAUUUGCCUGGUUUUGCAAAAUUUGAAUAAAUCAUUGUUUCAUGA